AUGUCCAAAUCGAUACAGGAUCAGUUCAUCGACGACGAUGAGGACGAAACGUGUCCGCUAUGUGUCGAGGAAUUCGACCUCACGGAUAAAGGCUUCCGGCCUUGCGAAUGCGGUUACCAAAUAUGCCAGUUCUGCUAUCACAAUGUCAAGACUAACAUGAAUGGACUGUGCCCAGCAUGCCGGCGACCGUAUGACGAUAACAAAAUCCAAUACAAAGUUAUUACCCCGGAGGAGACGGCAGCACACAAGGCGCGGCAGGCUCAAAAGGCUAAGAAAUCCCAAGCCGCGGCUCAAAAGGAAAAGGCAAAAGCGGAAGCGGACAACAUGAGUCGCAAACACUUGGCUGGACUUCGCGUGGUACAGAAAAAUCUAGUCUAUGUGACUGGUUUGAACCCGACAACGCAGGAGGACCAAUUGUUACAAACGUUACGUGGAGACCAAUAUUUCGGGCAGUAUGGUAAGAUCAUCAAGAUCGUCGUGAGCAAAGCCAAAGAUCCUUCGAAUCCCCACUCCGUCGGAGUCUACGUCACCUAUGAGAGGAAGGAAGAUGCUGCGAGUUGUAUUGCACUGGUGGAUGGAUCGAAGAAUGGCGAACGAACGUUGCGCGCACAAUUCGGAACGACGAAGUAUUGCUCCUCGUAUCUGCGGGGCGAGACAUGUUUAAAUCGGAAUUGCAUGUUUCUUCAUGAGCCUGGAGAAGCGAACGAGAGUUAUUCAAGAGCUGAACUUUCUGCCCAUAAUGCAGGUUCAUCGCAACAUGGCAGAUCCGCUCCGCCGCAACCGCAACAGCCUCUGGCGUCUGCAGCUCCUCCGAUGGCCCGAUCCGGAAGUACAGAACCUUCGAAUAGCCCUCCUUCCGAUCGUCCGGCGUUGCCGUCUACUGCCAGCUGGGCAUCAAAGACAGUUCUACCUGCUCGGACGGAGAGCCGUGCUGCUAGUGUCAGCGUCGGAAGUCCUGCCGUGACGAAUGCUGUGCUGGAUCCCACGCCGAGCGAAAGCCGACCAACGCCAACGCCAGCUCCGCAAACGCAACCGACAGCACAGCCCGCUCCAGUCGAGACCAAACCUGCAAGCGCUCCGGCCCAUGCUCCUCCGAGGUCCGGUACAAAUGCUUCACGACUUUCUCCUUUCCUCUCACUUGUCAAGGGCCUCAAACUUGAAGAUUUCCAAUUGGUAUGGUCUCCUUCUUGUCUGAGUGAAGCUGACCUUGGAAUUGUGAAUUCGUAUCCUCCUCUCUUCGACCAGAACGGUGGUCCACGUCGACGAGCACGCCGGCAACGCGAAGAGGAGCAACGACGCAUGGAACAAGAGGCACAAGCAUUCCAACAACCGCCUGCUGUCGAGGCUGAUGAGGACCCCGAGAUGAGUGGCAGCCUCCAACUUGGCGGUGAACCUGAGGAGCGACAGAACAUACAUCAGACGCCAACCGCGAUACAUCCUCCCGGCCAGGAAGGUGGUCUGAACCAGCGGUUUCAGUUCGGAGGCGAUAACCUUAACCCAAGCGCCGGAAGUCAUGGACUUACGCAACAGCAACUUCUCCUCCAGACGCUGAAGCCCAGCCCGUCACCGAACUUCACCAACAAUGCCGGUCAAGCCGCCAAUGCCCAGUCAACUUUGACACAGCAGAACGGCGCGCCUGGGCAUCAAAGGAAUGUCUCGCGAUAUUCCUUCGCCAACGACACUGCAUCUGCUUCUACUGCUGUGAAACCUGUUGCCAACGCAAAACUCAUGAACCAGCAAUCUUCCAUGAUGCCUACAACUGGAUCCUCCCAUUUUGGAGCACAACAGCCGCAUGGUCAAUUCUACACUAGCAACGUUCAGGGACCUCCCCCUGGCUUGAAGCCCACAGGUACACCUCCAGUCAGCGGCAAUCUGACAUUUGGACAAGGUCAUGGAUUUGCAACGGGGGGUCUGCAAUACGUCGCAGGCACUGCCCGCAACCAGCAAGAUAAUUAUUAUCGGGACUUGAUGCGUGGCGGCCGUGAUGCUGCGGCAGGCGGUGGCAUGGACGCGAAGCGUGAGUUCAAUUCCUUCCCUAAUUACAAUAGCACCCAUCCCAGUACAGUAGCGUACCCACCAGCCGGCCAGUCGAGUGCUUUUGCAACCUCCACCACCUCCCCUUCUGUUUUGAGCGCAUUUGGAGGCGAUGGCGAAAAGCAACGCAGCAGCAAGAAAAAGGGAAAGAAGCACAGACAUGCUAACACUUCCUCCUCUUCGGGAGGCGGUGUAGUGGAUGCUGCGUCGGACCCAAUGCCUACUCCCAGUCACCUACUCCAAACACGACUUCACCAACAAGGGGCGGCUGGUCUCGGAGGUGCAAACUCAUUCGCCGGUCAAGCUACGGGCGCUGCUGCAGGUGGGUUAUAUUCUGUCAUGCACGGCGGUGGCGGCGGUUAUGGCGCGCGUUGGUAG